AGUUCCUGAGCGCACUGCCUCACCAACUACCACCCACCUGCCCCUUCAAAUGCCUCCAUGCUGUUCCUCAAUCAAUUAAACUUUGAAGUAGGCAUGCUUAAGUUUUAGUUUCGUUUAUUGUCACGUGUACCGAAAAGCUUGUGCUGAGUGCUAACCAGCCAGCGGAAAGACAAUACAUGAUUACAAUCGAGCCAUUUGCAGUGUGCAAGUACAAUUGUCGACAAGGGAAUAACGUUUAGUGCAAGGUAGAGUCCAGUAAAUCACCUUAACAGCUGCCGUAACCUGUCCCUGUGGAACGGAGAUGGCAUGAGACCGCAAUCUCUCCCUCAGUCCGCCCUACAUUUUAUUUCUCCCGUGGAAGAAUAAAUCAACAUGCAGGUCAGGCCAUUCUCGGCGGCGGCCCCCGGCCAACUCAACCCAAGUCGUGGCCCUUUCUGCGUUCCUUCCAGCAGUGCACACCCCCCACAAAUAGUCUGAUCCAGAUACUAUCAUUAUAUUGUCAGUCCGGAAUUGUAGACUAAUGCCUCCCCUUGCAAAUAAAUUAAUCUCGAACCUCAUAGAACAGUUUCUAUGUACUCGUUCUGCCUAAAGAGGGAUCAAGUCAGAUCCCUAGAGCAUAGAACAGUGCAGCACAGAAACAGGCCCUUCGGCCCACAAUGUCUGUACCGAACAUGAUACUAAGUCAAACCAAUCUCCUCUGUCUUGUGCAUUAUUCAUAUCCCUGCAUAUCCAUGCGCCUAUCCAAAAGCUUCCUGCCUCCUGCCAGCGCGUCCAGGCACCCACCGCCCUCUUAAAAAACGUGCCCUUCAAAUCCCCUUCACAUUAACUCACCUUAAAGCUGUGCAAUCUAGUUUUAGACUUCGCUACCAUGUGAAAAAGACUGUAAACAUCCACUGCAAUCUAGUUUCUACCACUUUUAUAAAAUUGCCGACAGACCGGUAUCCAAUUCCUCCCUCCUAGCAUCUUCCUCUACAGUUGCGUUAGCGUUAUCCACAAUCCCCUGUUUCGCCGAGUUUGCAUAUUCAUAAAUGAAUAGCUGCAGUUUAUGCUAGAAUGUGUAUGAAAUGAAGUUCGGCUAUGCGGUGCCAGAUUAAGACUCGUCAACUCCCUUGAAAUAAAAUUGGCAGGCACUCCAGCUGUGUUGCUGUUCCCGGCAAGUCAGUGAGGUAAUGUGGCUUUUGCAAAUGAUUUGUGAACCAAUCUUUCUCCCGGCCACAGGAUCAGCGAAUUACAUCAUUACAGACUGCAGACCCAGUUUAUCCCCCCCCUGUAACAAACUUGACGCAUUCAAACGGGAGUUUGGCUCACUCUUAUCAUGAUCACGACACAUGGAUAGUUGGCAUUAGCUGGACGUGUUCUCAGCUGGGCGGAGGUCGGCGGGGGAGUGAGCGGUUUCCAUGGCGCUGAAAGUAGUCAGGAUAUAAACAGAGGUGGGAGAGAAGGCCGAGUGGGAAGUUAGGCAGCGACAGGAAACUUGAACUUCCACCCGGAUUGUAGCGGGAGAGAUGUAACUGACCGCUCCCAAAUAACACUUGCCCUGUGUUGUGUGAAUGAUGGGAUGGACUGCGGGGAACAGUUUUCCCUCGUGCUCUGUUUAUUGAUGGGAUGUGGGGAAGAGUUUACUCCUAGUGUUGUGUGUUUGAUGGGAUGGACAUCGGGGAACAGUUUUCCCCUGCGCCGGGUGUUUACUGAUGGAGUGUGGGUUAGAGUUUACUGGACUGUGAAGAAGACUCCUGUGCUGUGUGUUUCUUGAGACGGGCUGUGGGGAAGUUUCUCUUGUCUUGCUUGUUUACUGAUCUGGUCUGUGUGGAAGGGGUUUCCCUUGUGCUGUGUGUUCCAUGAGAUGGUCUGAGAGGAAGGAAGGGCUUUCCCCUUCUCUCGUCUGUUUACUGAUGGAGUCCAGGGUAGGGUCCGCCCCCGCCCCCCGUGUGUUGUGCGUUUACUGAGAUGAGUUGCUACUCGUGUGCGCGCUUGACCAGGUGGGUCGCUGUCUGAUCACUGCGAGCCCGAGCCUCUUGCGAUGCGCAGGGAGGGAGAGGAGUUACAGGGAUGGGACUCGGGCGGGGAGAAGUUAACCAGACCGGCCAAGCCUUCGACCUGAAACCUAGGAGCGGAGCGGCGCAACGUUGAAGCAGGGCGGAGCGGAGUCCAAUUGAAGCUGACGUGACAACGAGGAACUGCAGAUGUUGGUUAAUACCAAAGAUAGACACACAGAAUGCUGGAAUAACUCAGUGGGGCAGGCAGCAGCUGCCCGGGACUGCAGCCGACAGGGAGGGAGCGAGAAAGAGACUGAAACUCAUCUGAAUCUGAGUCUAUUUUAUUUUAUGUUUUAGCAGAGACUACUCUGCCGGAGGAACUGAGCGGGUCAGGGGGUGCCGUGGAGGGGGAAUGGAUAGAGGGGGAUAGUGAGCCUGUUUUAUACAUGAGUCUGAUCGACAUCAGUGAGCUAGCGCGGGGUGGGGUGGGGAUUGACACAGUGAUUCACCUGGGGCGGCGAGAGGCGAGACGUUUCUACGGGAAGGAGCGCAGGAGUUAAAGGGGAGGGACAGAGGAGGAUUUGGGUGAGGAAUAUGGCGGAGCAGAGGAACAUCCAGUCCGCCGCCAACAAGAGCAUUCGGCCCUUCAGGUCGAGCGAGGACUAUCUGUACGCCAUGAAGGAGGACCUGGCGGAGUGGCUCAACGCGCUGUACGACCUGGAUGUCCACGUAGACAUGUUCGCGGAGGCGCUGGAGACGGGCUGCGCUCUGUGCCAACACGCCAACAAUGUCAACCAGACCGCCCUGGAGUUCGAGCAGAGAUGUCCCGGGGCGGCGGGGAGGAUGAAGGUGCCCCGCACCCCGGUCACCUUCGCCUCCAGGAACGUCCAAGCCGGCUCCUUCAUCGCCCGCGACAACGUGUCCAACUUCAUUGACUGGUGCCGCCGCGACUUGGCUAUCAGAGACGCUCUGAUGUUCGAGACCAACGACCUGGUCCUGCGCAAGAACGAGAAGAACUUGGUGCUAUGCCUGCUGGAGGUGGCCCGGCGUGGCUCCAAGUUCGGCAUGUUGGCCCCAAUGCUGAUCCAGAUGGAGGAGGAGAUCGACGAGGAGAUCCGAGAUGCCCUGGAAGACGAGGAGUUCCAACCCCGGGUCCAGAGGAGAUUGUGUGACUUCAAGAAUCUGGACGCGAUGGUCCGUGAGAUUCUCGGCCAUUGUUCCUGCCCUUCACAGUUUCCCAUGACAAAAGUAUCUGAGGGUAAAUAUAAAGUCGGUGAGACCAGCACUUUGAUCUUCAUCAGAGUUCUGCGGAACCAUGUGAUGGUGCGUGUGGGCGGAGGCUGGGACACGCUGGAGCACUACCUGAACAAGCACGACCCCUGCAGAUGCACCUCGUCCACACAUCGCCUUCAGUCAGGGAAACCUUCAUCCAAGACAUCGCUGAACAACAGUCCUCUCGCCUCCAGAGCUCCAAGUCCCGGCCCACCGCGCUAUCCCGAAGGACCCGCUAUUUCAAAGCUGCCCGUUAACGGCAGGCACGCGGACAGACGAACCAGUUCAGCGGCAGAAUGGUCAACAGUGAAACAAAAUGGACUGCCUGCCACGAAAAGGGACAGGCCAUUCAGCCCAAGUAAUGGUGCUAGCAAAGGUCAGGUGACCAGGCAACAGGGGACACCUGGAACCACAACUACUGCAGGAGAGUUGAUGAAUAGACGCAUCACACAAACACCGGACAUGGCAAGGGCCAUCUCUCCCCGAUCGCACGACUUGUCAGAACCAAGGGGCUCCGGACCUGGGAGGCGAAGGGAAUCCUCGAUCCCCAGGCGGCCAGUGGGGGAACGUGAACUCACUCCCAUCAGAACCGGGCCACCACGAACGACUUUCUCCCCAAGGAAAAACUCCAGUGACGACGUCCUGAUUGUAGACAGGAGAAACGGCAAACACGUUGUGCACCGGAGCUGGACACAGAAAGAUCCCAGUCUAAGGACCGUCCAGGUGAGGCGGAGAAGUCAGUCAUCAGACCACCGGAGUUGGACGGAGCAAGGCGGCGAGGAUGAGAGGGCGGCUCGGCUACCCGGCACCAAGUCCCGCCCAUCCCAGGAACUCACCAGAACCUCCUCCAACUCCAGCCAGGACUCUACCGCACCCACCAAGGGCAAUGGUCCAAGGGGCUACGGCCUGAGGGGCAACCGGGGCAAGGGGACCUCUCGGGCCAGGGGCCACGGAGGAGAGGCAGAGAGAAGGACCAAGUCCCCCGCUCCAUCCAAGGCCCCCACUGGUUCCAGGAAGGCCCUGAUCCCAGCCCGGUCCUCCAGCCCCACUCCCACCGCCGGCCCCGUCAGACCUCCGCCCCGCACCACCAGACCCGCUCACCAAGGCUGGUGCUACGACAAGAACCACAACCUUCUCAACUUCUGCCUCGAUUCAGACGGCUGCUGUGGGAGCAGCGGGUGCCCGCCCCGGUUGGAGGUGGACAACUUCCACCCUGCCCGCACCGCCCACACCACCGUGGAGGACCAACUGUACAGGGGCUUCGAGGAGGAGUUUUUGGCCAAUACCCGGCAGAUGUCGCUGGAGAGCAGUGGGAGCGAGGGGGGUGAAAUGCUCCCGGUGGUCGGUGUGAGCCAGGCCACCGUGGAAGGGCAGCUGGAGAUAGCAGAUACUCUCUGUCGCCCCUCGACUCUACCGGGACCACACGCUUUCAAUGGGCCUGGAGAGGAUGCGGAGACACAGGAAGAACCACCACCAGGGCAGAGCAAGACCCCGGCGUUGGAUGGGGACUGGAUCGGAGAUGUCCUGGAAUACCGCCCCCACAAUGUUCUCCAGACCUACGAGAGCGUGAGGGAACCUGAUCUCCCAAGUCCUCUGGGCGAGGGGGGACUUUACACGGGGGAGAUCCACAGGUCAGGACCUCCUGAAGCCGAGGUGCAAAAUGGACAGGACCUCCCCAGUGUAGUGGCCAGAACCCACACUCCGCCCCCAGCCGAUGGUCAAGGCCUUGACAAGACCGAUGGACCCACCUCCACCGAGUUGCCCUCCAACCUCCAGAUUAACUCGCACGUGGUUCAAAUGAGGCCCAGGAAAGGGUUGAAGAAGCCCGACCGAGUGCCCUCCAUCUACAAGCUCAAGCUGCGCCCCAAGAUCCGCCCUCGGACCGACAAUCAGCCCGAGAGGAAACCGUCCAAAAUCCCCACCCCGGUCGGGUGCAGGCAAGGCCAGAGGUCCCCGAGGUCCCCGAGGUCGUGCCAGAGUCCCUUGCUGGAGGGCGGCCAUUCCAGGCGUAAGACCAAGCAUAAACUCAUCUUGUACUGCGAGGACCUCCAGAGCUCGAGAGAGGAUCUCCUGCUCUCCCCCACCUCCAGCGACGGGACAGCCCCCACCCUAAACCCCCCCGACCACUCUUGGGAUUGACCCCCCCCCCCCCCCCCCCCC